CGAGUCGAGUCGAGUCGAGUCGAGUCGAGUCGAGUCGAGUCCGAAUCCCAGCCGUCCCAGCCGUCCCUGUCGUCUCUUCGUUGCCCUGCUUUUGUCCUCUUCUGCUCUGCCUUUUCGGAUCAGCCCCCCCCUUUUUUUUCGGUCCAACUGGGUCUAAUUCCUCAACUGACCAAUAUGAAGGGAUCGCUAUCGGCGCUGCUCGCUGCGGGCUUGUCCCUCUCGCUGCCCUCGACUGUCGCCGGAGCCAAGCAAGCCCAGGUCGUCGCCCAGACGCACAUCGAUGGCUACCAUGGCCCCAUCCCCUUCGGCAACGCCACCAUCAACGCGCCCCUCGAUGAGUUUGGCCGCGAGACGUACAUCGGCCAGAAGUUCUUCCCCGAGAGCUUCAUCCCCGACCUCUGCGCCGCCUCGUGCACCAGCACCACGCGCUACAACCGCAAUCACCCUGCUCUCGACGGAAGCUACAUGACCUGCCGCUUCUUUGUUGCCUAUGAACUGUACGAGGACGAGAGACCCCAGGGCUUGUACUGCGCCAUGUAUACCCGCGAAUACGAUGCUUCGUAUGCUACCAACACGGGCGAGUUGCGUGGAAAUUCUACCAUCACUAUGCGCGACGGCUACGGAUGGGUCUGGGACGAAGAGUACCACAGGAGCUGCGAAGCUACGCUCACUGCCACGCGCACCGCCACUGUUACCAGAGGCACCACCGUCACCACCGUCACCACAUCGCGGCGCCCCUUUACCACCACCACCACCUCGCGGCGCCCUUUCACCACCACCAGCAGAACUCGCGGCACCACCGUCACGGUUGACGAGCCGACUACCAUCUCGCUGCCGGGCACUACCAAGACGGUCACCGACAGGCCAACCAUCGUCACUGUUCCGGGCCCCGGCUUUACUGUCACCAAGGGCUACACCAUCACCGUCGACGAGCCAACCACGCUUACCCUGCCGGGAACCACCGUGACCCUCGACAGGCCUACCACGGUCACAGUCCCGCGCACCAGGAUCACGGUCAGCCAGGCUACCACGGUCACGCUCCCGCAGACCACUGUCACGAUUGACAAGCCCACUACCGUCACAAUCUCGGGCCCGGUCAGCACCCGGACCAUUGAGGAGACGGAAACGAUCGAGGUCACUGAGGUGCCCAUCACCACCAAGAUCGUCUCUACCGCCACCAUCGGCACCCCGACCACCAUUACCCUUCCCGGCCGGACCACCGUCACAGUCGUGUCGACGUCCGUCUUCGACACCACUGUGACCAUUGGCUCGUCCGUCAUCACCAUCUGCCCCACGCCCGUUACCCGCACCACGACCAGGACGACUGGUAAUACCACCAGAGUCACCACGCGCCCAACGUUGACUACCUCGACUCGCCGGACUACUGUCACGUCGACUCGCCGCACCACCGCAACUCCCACAUCGACUCGCCGCACCACCGCAACUCUCACAUCGACUCGCCGCACCACCGCAACCCUCACGUCGACUAGCCACACCACCGUAACUCCCACCUCGACCCACCGAACGACUGUCACGUCGACCCACCGCACCACCGUGACUCCCACGUCGACUCGCCGCACCACCGCAACUCUCACGUCGACUCGCCGCACCACCGCAACCCUCACGUCGACUAGCCACACCACCGUAACUCCCACCUCGACCCGCCGGACUACUGUCACAUCGACUCACCGCACCACCGUGACUCCCACGUCGACUCACAGCACAACUCUGGUUACGACACGCCGUACCACUGCUGCUCAGACCACGGUUCGUGCCACCACCACGGUGCGCACGACUAGCACUAGACGGCCCACCGUCGUCACUUUCACCAGCAGACGGACGGUGGUCGAGACUGAGAGGUCGACUAGCACCAUCUUCCCCCGCGCGACCCAGCCUGCCAUAGUCGAGGCCCGCCAGCCCGUCACCAUGACGCGGGUGGCCCGACGCGCCGAGGCCCAGGGCGUGCCGUGCCAGAACGUGCAGCCCGCCCCGGCCUGCGCCGACGGUGGCGACAGCAAGGAGGAGUAG